UUUUUGGAAAAUACAAUGUCUAAUGGUUAUGAAGACCACAUGGCUGAAGACUGCAGGGGUGACAUCGGGAGAACAAAUUUAAUCGUCAACUACCUCCCUCAGAACAUGACCCAGGAUGAGUUACGAAGUCUGUUCAGCAGCAUUGGUGAAGUUGAAUCUGCAAAACUUAUUCGGGAUAAAGUAGCAGGACACAGCUUGGGCUAUGGCUUUGUGAACUACGUGACUGCAAAGGACGCGGAGAGAGCGAUCAACACACUGAACGGCCUGAGGCUCCAGUCCAAAACCAUUAAGGUAUCAUAUGCUCGCCCGAGCUCAGAGGUCAUCAAAGAUGCCAACUUGUACAUCAGUGGACUCCCGAGGACCAUGACCCAGAAGGAUGUGGAGGACAUGUUCUCUCGGUUCGGACGAAUCAUCAACUCCCGGGUGCUUGUGGACCAGACCACAGGUUUGUCCAGAGGGGUUGCGUUUAUCCGGUUUGACAAACGGUCGGAAGCAGAAGAGGCAAUUACCAGUUUCAAUGGUCAUAAACCCCCAGGUUCCUCCGAGCCUAUCACAGUGAAGUUUGCUGCCAAUCCUAACCAGAACAAAAAUGUGGCACUCCUCUCACAGCUGUACCACUCACCAGCUAGACGGUUCGGAGGCCCAGUUCACCACCAGGCACAGAGAUUCAGGUUCUCCCCUAUGGGUGUAGAUCACAUGAGUGGGCUUUCUGGUGUCAAUGUCCCAGGAAACGCUUCUUCGGGCUGGUGCAUCUUCAUCUACAACCUUGGCCAAGAUGCCGACGAGGGGAUCCUCUGGCAGAUGUUUGGCCCCUUUGGCGCUGUCACCAAUGUGAAAGUGAUUCGCGAUUUCAACACCAACAAGUGCAAAGGGUUUGGCUUUGUGACCAUGACAAACUAUGAAGAAGCUGCGAUGGCCAUAGCCAGUCUGAACGGCUACCGCCUGGGGGACAAAAUCUUACAGGUUUCCUUCAAAACCAACAAGUCCCACAAAUAACUCGCUCAUGCUUUUUUUGUACGGAAUAGAUAAUUAAGAGUGAAGAAGUUGAAACUUUUUUUGUUAGUGUACAACUCAUUUUGCGCCAAUUUUCACAAGUGUUUGUCUUAGUCUGAAUGAGAAGUGAGAAGGUUUUUAUACUCUGGGAUGCAACUGACAUGUUCAAAUGUUUGAAAUCCCACAAUGUUAGACCAAUUUUACGUUUCGUAAGUUAUUUCCUUUAAGAUAUAUAUUAAACAGAAACCUAACUAGACUGCAUUGACUAACCAGUCCCUCUGGAUGGUGGUGAAACUGAAGCAUGCUUUAACUUCUAAGACUGUCUAACACUCGUUUCAUUUGAUGUCUCCACAAACUGGAUAAACAAAAAAAGUGAUCUUUUAGUUUUUAGUUUUUAAUCUAAAGAUGUUAGACAGAUGCUGAGUGUGUGUUUUCUCAACCGCUUCAACAUUUUAAGCAAUUUGUGCUUUGGUUGACAGAAAAUUGCUUUCCCAAGCAGGUCCCAUUGCCACCCACUGCUCGCUAAGCCUCGGGCUCUGCCGAGUGGUCCUGGGAGUGGCAGCGGGCCCGUCCAUUGUGAGCCACCACCGGGGAGGGGGGUUGCAUGCCGGGCCGGGCCCUCCAGAAAAGGACACAGUUGUGUUUCAUAAGCCCAGGCAUCAAUGGGAACGGACCAAAGAGUUUCAGGGAAACUCCAGUAUAUUCCAGAGUCAGAUCGAAGCUCCAGGCACGCCUAAAGAUGUGUUGCUACUCACAUCUGAAUUUCUGUCCACACAUUGCAUGCACAGUGCCCCACACAUCGGAUACUGUUCUCAAUACUUUCUCCAGUUUCCAAGAGCUUUUAACAUAGCUUGAAGGCGUAAGAUAGCUCUGUUUUUUAAUAACACAUAAAACAUUUGAGCAUUGUAUUUCUCGCAUCCCUUCUUGUGAGCGCUAGACUUUUUUCUAUUUUAGUCGGAUUUUGUUUUGGAAUUUUGCUUUCAUAUGAACACUCAGCAGAAAAGUACUUCUUGCCAGUUAUCUAUUAACAAAAACCUUUGAUUUGUAGUUUUAAAAAUUAACCCUCAAACAUUCUCUUCAUAACUGCCUUGACAUUUUGGGUUGUUCUGUUCUGUUAAUUUUCUUUUGCUUUUUUGUGUUUUUUGUUUGUUUUUACUUUUGCAUUUAAGACCAUUAAAUUUGAUUUUGUUUUGCUCGAA